CGAAAAGUGUAACUGACUAUAUCAUAGCCAUUAAUAAUUGUGCAUGGAUUGAUCUGGCCCUAAUAUAUAAUACUCAAUUAUUUUUCGUGGAAAUUGUUAGUUUAUUAUUCUGAAGCUUUUUAAUGGAUCCAAUGGAAGAACAAGCUCUGAAACGUUUUGAUAGAGUGUACACAAAACUUGGACAAUUAUCAAUUCCAGAGUCAAAAACAAUUGAUAUUGUAUUGAUACAUUCCACAGAAUUAUUGAAAGGUGAAACAAAGAGACAAAAACAAGCUAGAGACAAGUUGAGAGUAGUUUUUGAAAAUAAGUUGAGAAGUGAAGGAUUUGAUAUUGAAGAAACUGUGAUUAAUGGCGAGGUGUACAAGAAUCUUCAUUGUUCUUUCAAAAGACUAUGUAUUGAAGCCGAAGAAACACAUUUAAAAAUGCCUUUAAAAAAUUCAAUGCAUAUAUAUCCAGAGGAAGAAAAAACCAACUGCUUUUCCAAAUUUGUGUGCAACAAAUUUGCAACUGAUGAAAAUAAUUUAAAUUAUAUAUCGUCCAGAUUUAUGAUGGAGAGAAUACAUCUAUUUGAAAACUAUCAUGAUCCUUCUAACUUCUUCAGACCAGCAGUCAGGACAUUACUGGUUAAUCAUAUUCUUAUCAAUAUGAACAUCAGCAAUGAUGUCCAGAAAGAUGACAUUAUUUUAUUAGAUGAUAAUGUUGAUAAGGAGUUCUUUUCAAGAAAGAAAAAGAACACAGAUGCAAGUUUUGAUAAAGCAAUAGACAGAAAGAUUCAAAUAUUAAAUUUCCCUUACAUGACGAAACUGAAAGUGUACACAGACUAUUUAAUUUGCCACGAGCCUUCAAAAGACAGCCAACAUUACGAGGAACAGUUUGGCAGUACUUUAUAUAAAAAUAGUGAAGAUAAACAUAAAAGAAACAAACAUUUACCACCAAAGGAUUUUAGGAAAGAUCAAAGAAAAGUUUUGUAUGAUGACUGGAAAAGAGUUUACAAAUUCCAGCCUUUGACAAACAUUCGUUAUUAUUUUGGAGAAAAAAUCGCCUUUUAUUUUGCCUGGAAAGGUUUGUUAAUGACAACGCUAUGGGUGCCAAUGUUUCUAGGUCUGGUCAUCUUUAUAUAUGGGAUAGUACGAAGUGCCCGUUUUUCAACUGAUAAUUCAAGCACAACUAACAGUACAACGUCAAAGGUAACAGAGAUCUUCACAGUUAUCAAAGAAGCCUGUGACAAUGAGAUCACACCAUUCUUUGCCUUAAUAAUCUGUGUCUGGGGAACAAUAUUUCUGAAACUAUGGAAACGAAAAUCUGCUACAUUAGCCCAUAAAUGGUAUGUAGACGAAUUUGAAGUGACAGAACCAGACAGACCAAAGUUUUACGGAACACGAUUUCGAAAACAUCCAGUGACAAGGAAUGACGACUGGUAUUUUUCAAAAAAAAAUAAGCUACGACAGUACCUGUUAUCUGGGGUGACAAUAGUCUUCAUGUUAUGUGUUGUUUUGGCAAGUGUGACUGGCGUUAUUGUUUACAGAGUGGCUGCUAGUGUUCACUUCUGUCCAAACAUGUGUGCCCUAGCAUGUUUUUUCGUAACAUCGAUUGUUUCAACUUUGCUUAAUGCAAUAUCAAUUUUGAUACUGAGCAAGCUGUAUGGUUGCAUGGCUCGAAAACUAACAGACUGGGAGAAUCACAGAACACAGACAUCGUAUGAUGACGCCUUGAUUGUAAAGCUGUUUGCCUUUGAGUUUGCUAACAACUACGCUUCAUGCUUUUAUAUAGCCUUCGUAAAAGGGAGAUUGGGAGAGGAUGGUAUCGUUGGCCUAGGUAAAACAUAUACAGACAACUGUGAACCUAAUGGAAACUGUAUGUCGGAACUGUCCUUCCAGAUUUUUAUUUUGAUCUCUUUGAAACCAUUGCCAAAAUUCUUCCAAAAUGUUGUUUGGCUGUGGAUUAAGCGUUUAUGGAGAAAGCGUCUCCAGUGGUGUUGUAAAAUAAAAGUGGAAGGAGUUUCAGAACAACUUAUAUUUGUUGAGAAAGAAUUUCGUAAACCUUCACUUGGUGAUUUCACAAUGGAAGAAUACACAGAGAAAAUCAUACAAUAUGGAUUCCUUAUGUUGUUUGCAACCUCACUGCCGUUAGCACCACUGAUUGUCCUUAUCACAAAUCUUAUUGACAUAAGAGUGGAUGCCAAGAGGAUGCUUUGGUGGUACAAAAGACCAUUAGCCAAGAUAGCACAAGACAUUGGAAUAUGGUUUACAAUUCUACAGUUUGUUAAUAUUUGUGGGGUGAUAUCUAAUGGUUUCCUAAUUGGUUUUACCUCCUCAGUGGUAAAACAUUAUGAUGUUUAUACAAGACUGUGGAUUGUUGUAGCAUUUGAGCAUACAGUUGUUGCUAUAAAAUUAGCAAUUGACUACUUUAUACCAGAUGUUCCUGCUGAUGUGCGAUCAGCAUCAAAAAAGAGUACGCAUUAUAUGUCGAAUUUACUAAAGAAAGACCGAGAUCAAUUAAAGGAAGAUUUAUCAAAGUUAAGAAUAGAUGCAGACCGAUGCAGCCCUCCUCAGCCAUUACAAAGUGUAAACAGAGAUAUGGAGAUAGAAGUGCAAAUUGCUGAUGAAGAACCUGGUCCAAGUUGCAGACCAUCACCAAAAGAUAUGAGAAAAUAUAGAUUUAAAGUCGAAGUAAAAUAUACUCCCAUACGAAAGUUCAAGAAAAAGAAAAAGAAGCAUCAUCAUAGACAUUACAAUAAAGGAAAUUACGAUUUUGUUUGAAAGUGAAAGGCCUGUGUGACUAUAUAAUGUCAAAAAACCAAGAACUUCCUAUAUAUGGGGAUAGCAGACAUGGAUCUAAACAUUCAGAUGAUUCCACGGUUUAAGUCCUUCUUAUAUGAAAUAAAAACAAUUGUUUUCUGUUGUUGCUAAUUUAAACACAGUUCUAAUAUGUUGUUUAUAUAUAAAUGUACAUGUCUUUUAUA